AAAUCCGCAAAGCACGCGCGGCCAGGCUCUCUCGCGACACCACCGCAGCUUGUAUCCCAGCACCAAAACCCAGGACCGCCCUGCUGCUGCCCACGACGAGCCAAAUGUCCCAGUCACUGCUCCCCGAAAGACGUUCUUUCCCGCAGCAAGCGCGGCAGCAGCGGCGGCAGCGGUGGCGGCGGCGGCAACGAGCCUACAAUCGACGGUGAUGCUCACGCCCCUAGGGAUCCUCGCGCUGUCGCCGCAAACAGACCCGACCAGCUGCAACCCCACUGAGUCCGCCGGUCCGGAGUCCCCUUGGGAGAACACCGGGGUGGUAGUUAGCGAGCAGGCGGAGGCAGCGCGGGAAGCGGAGGAGCAGGAGCUGCGGGACAUCUGCAGCAUGCUGUUCGCGGCGGGCGCGCGGGAAGCGGACUCGCUCUUGCAGGGUGCGCUCGCAGGGGGGCUCACGAGACGGCCGUAGCUGCCAGCGGUCGUGGCUGGGAAGUCCCGGGAGCUCAGUCAGGGGAAGCACGCCCGCAGCAGCACGCAAUGCCUCAGCAUCCAUUGCCGCCGCACGCAUCACCGCAGCACGGAUUCGCUCAGGAUAUAGCAGUGGCAACGCAGGAGGCGGCGAGGUGGGUAAAUGGCAACGAGCCCCUCGCCGCUCAGCCGCGGACGCCCGCCAGCGCUGCCACUACCAAGUCCCCACCGGGAACCUUCAAGCAGCCGCAGCCUCGGGCGCCGAAGGCGGAGGCCCUCUGCGGCAGUGGCAUGGUGGUAACGGUGCGCUGGACUUCCGAGCAGCUCCAAGGUGAUAAUCUCCAGCACACCAUGGCGCAGCUCCGAACCCUCUAUGCCGGGUCUUCGUCAUCGUCACAAGUUGGGCCAGCAGCAGCAGCAGCAGCACCAGCAGCAGCAGCAGGAAUACUACCAGGUGUUCAGCUCAACGUCAGCUCUGCUGUCGGAACUGCUUGUAUCGGAGCCAGUGGGGGCAACACUGCAGCACUGCUACCUGCGUUCAGGAUCCCGGCAGACGCAGCACUCGCUCCCACCAUGGUCGACCGGGCAGGAAGCUUAUCGAGCCCGCUGCAGUCGGCAGUAGCCCUUACUAGUAUGUCUAGCAGGCUCUCGGGUGAAACGAACCUACGAUAUCCUGACCCAUUACGAGGCUUCGGCGGGGAUUUUAGCGAGACUGGGGCGUGGCCGGAGCUCUUGGCGGGACAACUGCCGGUUUGGAAGCCUGCGAAUGUUGCUACAGCUCGCGUGAAAGUCGACGGCUUUCCUGGAUUUUUCCCGCGACCGGCCGCGCCGUGGGAUGGGCUGCGAUGUCUGGUGUGCGGCGCGGAGCUAAGCGAGCAGAACACGACAGGGGCUAGAGGGUUACCGGAACACGUGGGGCCUCAGGGCUCGGGGGGGCGACGAUCGGACUGCGAGUGCACGGGUGCAACGAGUGCCUUCCGCUGCUCGUUCCGAGGUAUUACAGGAGCGUAGAGCGGGAGAAGGCGCGGAACUCACCGAGUGGAGUUGCUCCUGCCGGUGGCUUGGGAGGAAGGCAAGAGCGCGGAAGGGGGGCAGGAGGAGAUGCGGAUAGAGGAGGAGAUGCGGAUAGAGGCGCUGGGAAACCUACAGGUUCAGGUGCUCUUGGUGGUGAAACGCGGGAGGAUAUGGAGCAGGUGGGUGUGGGAGUUGGAGGGGGGAAUGUUAUGUGGGAGAUAGCCAGGGAGCGAGUGAAUGUGGAAUUUGCAAGGAACGUGGAGCACGAGGGGAGGGUCAUUUCGCCUCAUCGUGACAAAUUACGCGUUGCUGAAGGAGACGUGCAUGCGACUCGGAAUGCCCCAGCGCUUAGCGAACCAGGAUGCGAAAGCGAGCUGCGCUCUUCGCGGUCGUCGUCUGCGAAUGGGCUUCGUCGUUCGCGCAAUUCGCCCGAUGCCGUGAGUUCGCAUGACGCUGAGGAAGUAGCUCAGGCGGAUUUGAAACGAAAGCGCACCUAGUUGCGAAAGAUCUGACGACGAUGUAGCGACAAACGUGCAAACUGUAACAGCUGCGGCUGAAUUUGAAUAUUUGAACAUACAGGUUGAAAUUGUGCAAAGACUACGUUACGUUACAACAGUUUUCGUUACUUCGCGAGCCGCCGCCUGAAGCAGCAGCCUAACCAGAACCACAUUUCAAUUUUCAGAUCCAUCCACCUUGCCUCUUUUCAUCCCACCUCCGCCGCACCCACAAUCGUAGUUCUCUAAAAGCUAGGGUUUCUAUCUAGGGAACAGUGUCGUCCUAGGGACUGUCUAGUUGCUUGUCCCGCUAACGAGCCUUCGAUUCGAACACCAAGUAGCCAUGUCGCGGCCAUACAGUCCCGAGCGGGGUUACAGCCCGGAGCCGCGGUCGAGGGCCCGGCGGGCGAGGUCCCCCGCCGGACAGAGACAGGAGCCGCAGCCCGCCGCCGUACAGACGGGGACCGCCGCCGCGGAAAGAGCGCGUCAGCCUGCUCGUUCAGGAACAUUCCGAGAGAUACCAGGCCAGAGGAUCUGCGCGUGCCUUUUGAGCGCUACGGACCGAUUAAGGAUGUCUACCUUCCGAAGGACUACCCAUACAGGGUGUGUUAAUAUGUCCAUGUCUCUUAAUUGGACCGAUCGACCUGUGCGAUUGGUAUGCUCUCUUGCUUUGUUUUGUAUGGUUCUCUGUGUGCCCAAACCUCCUGAGAAAGCUUAUGCUGCUUGCCACGCCGCUCAAUUUUAAGCUUUUGCGGGUUUUUGGGAAUUACGGCAGGGAAGGGAAGAGGCAAAUUGUUAUUUGGUCAAGCUUUCAAGUCUCAGAAGUUCGCAAGGCUGGAAAGAUGAGCUUGAAGCGAAGCCAAGCGAAGCCAAGCCAAGCCAAGCGAAGUUACGGAGUUACCAGGAAUUAAUUCUUGCUGAUUUGAAGCGAAACCUAGAAGGGCAAUCGAAGAGAGGAGAGGCUUGCACAAGCGAAGUGACACGAAGGGCCAAGCCAUGCAGGGUCGAUGCGUUCGGUUCAUGGCGGUUCAUGGCGGUUGAGGCGUGAAUCAAGGACGUCAGAGGCAGGUUGCAUGUCACGAUUUGACAUGGCAGGUUGGUGGUGGGAUGUUCAUUGUCACACUCGCCUCUCGUGUUCCUCGUUUCUUUCUUUUUUCUCCUCUUUUCCUUAGCAGCCUUCUCCCUCUCUCUCCCUUCCUUCACUAUCCCUCGUUCUUACCAUGUACUACUCUGCAACAUUUUUUUACUUGCGCUGACUCCUUCAUACAAGCUGCUGACGAGCUUCUGCUUGCGUUCUCUCCUCUCGUUUGUCGUGACUGUCGCAGGGAACCACGAGGCUUCGGAUUUGUGCAGUUCGUGAACAUGGCGGACGCGGAGGACGCGCAGUACGAGCUGGACCGCACCAACUUCAACGGCCGGGAGAUCACGGUGGUUUUCGCGGAGGAGAAUCGCAAGAAGCCCGACGAGAUGCGCACGCGCGAGCGGUACAGCGACCGGGACCGGCCAUCAUACGGAAGACGUCGGGGGCUAUUCGCGGUCGCGUUCUCGCUCGCCUCCCCGGUCGUCGCUCCUCGUACUCGCCUCCUCCCGCCGUCGCUCUCGCUCUCCUCCCCCCGCCGCAGCGGCCCUCCCCGCAGGUCCCCCAGCUGCUCCAAUGACGACCGCAGCUACAGCCGCUCGCCCUCUCCCCGCGGCCGUGCGCGCUCCCCGCCCCGCGGCCCACCUUCCAGGGGCCCAGCUGGCAGUGGAGGGGCAGGUGGGGUAGGCAGACCUGCCAGGGAGGACUAGAUGACAGGGACGGUUGACCGAGUCAGUGCGGGUGGUCCAGUGCACUUUAUCCACUGUUGGGACUGGAAAAUCUAGGGAGAUGUGGAGAUUGUAUGUGAGGGUUGCAAAUAGUUCUGUGCAAUGUUUGUGUCGGCUGAGGUUGCAUAAAUGAGUUAGCUUUUG